AGCGAGCGGGAGCUGAGGGGGGAAAGGAGAAAGUUAUGUGACUGGUUUUCGAUAAAAAUAAUCAUAAAAACUCUAUUAUGUCCGCUCAAAAUGGGACAGAAUAUGCAGGAAGGGGAAUAAAAGACACUUAAUAUAACUGUUCGGUUUCCCCUCCCUUUUGCUGUUUUUAAAAAUAAUCAUAUUUUUUUCCCUGAGGGGAUAAGGGAGGGAGGGAACAGCCUCCAUUUCCAUUACAAACAUGGCGGCCUGCAGCAGCGGCCGGCUCGGCUUCUUCACCCUGCCCGCCUUCAGCGUGAGCUGCUGCUGCCUCGUCCUCCUGCUCUUGUCGAGCCUGAGCGGGCGGGCGGCCGCCUCCGACGAGGGCGACACGGUCAUCAUCGGCCUGAGGCUGGAGGACACGGACGAGGUGACGGGCAUGGGGGACGGCGUGCUGCGGGUCAGCGAGCGGACGCGGGUCCGGCUGCGGCUGUACGGCCAGCGAAUCGACAACAGCACCUGGAGCCGCAUCGGCUUCACGGAGCACCGGCGGACGGCCGACGACGCGGCCGGCUUCGACCCGUGCGGGGUGCGCACCUCGGACAUCGUGGUGCUGCCGGGCGUCGCGGUGAGCCGUCGCAGCACCGGCGUCAUCGAGAUGGAGGUGAAGCCACUUCGCAAGACGGAGAAGAGCAAAGCCUACUACCUGUGCACGGCGGCCCGGGCUCCGGAACCGGGCUCGGGGCAAGCCGACUGGCUGUACCACGACACCGAGGACACCAUGGUGGUGGUGGUGGAGGAGAGGAAGUUCCUGUUGCCCUUCUGGCUGCAGGUCAUCUUCAUUUCGGUGCUGCUUUGCCUGUCGGGCAUGUUCAGCGGCUUGAACCUGGGGUUGAUGGCGCUGGACCCCAUGGAGCUGCGGAUCGUGCAGAACUGCGGCACCGAGAAGGAGAAGAACUACGCCAAGCGCAUCGAGCCGGUCCGCCGCCAAGGUAACUACCUGCUCUGCUCGCUGCUGCUUGGCAACGUGCUGGUCAACACCACGCUGACCAUCCUGCUGGACGACAUCGCCGGCUCCGGGGUGGUGGCCGUGGCCGUCUCCACCAUCGGCAUCGUCAUCUUCGGCGAGAUCGUCCCGCAGGCCAUCUGCUCCCGCCACGGCCUGGCGGUCGGCGCCAACACCAUCGUGCUGACCAAGUUCUUCAUGCUGCUCACCUUCCCGGCCUCUUACCCGGUCAGCCGCCUGCUGGAUGUCAUCCUGGGCCAAGAGAUCGGCACCGUCUACAACCGCGAGAAGCUGCUGGAGAUGCUGCGGGUCACCGACCCUUACAACGAUCUGGUCAAGGAGGAGCUCAACAUCAUCCAGGGCGCCCUGGAGCUCCGGACUAAAACGGUGGAGGACGUGAUGACCCCUCUGCGAGAUUGCUUCAUGAUCACCGGCGACGCGAUCCUGGAUUUCAACACCAUGUCCGAGGUCAUGGAGAGCGGAUACACCAGGAUCCCCGUGUACGAAGGCGAGCGGUCAAACAUCGUUGACCUACUUUUCGUGAAGGACUUGGCAUUUGUGGACCCCGACGACUGCACCCCUCUGAAAACCAUCACCAAAUUUUACAACCACCCCUUGCAUUUUGUUUUUAACGACACGAAGCUGGAUGCAAUGCUGGAGGAGUUUAAAAAAGGUAAAUCCCAUCUGGCAAUAGUGCAGAGAGUGAACAAUGAAGGCGAGGGGGAUCCAUUUUACGAGGUUCUAGGUGUCGUCACACUAGAGGAUGUAAUUGAAGAAAUUAUCAAAUCAGAAAUCUUGGAUGAAACAGAUUUAUAUACUGAUAAUCGAACCAAAAAGAAAAUUACACACCGGGAAAGGAAACAGGAUUUUUCAGCCUUCAAACCGACAGAUAAUGAAAUGAAGGUGAAGAUUUCGCCACAGCUGCUACUAGCAACUCAUCGUUUCCUAGCAACAGAAGUGGAGCCAUUCAGCCCAACACAGAUGUCAGAGAAGAUCUUACUGAGGCUGCUCAAACAUCCUAAUGUUAUUCAGGAAAUGAAGUUUGAUGAAAGAAAUAAAAAAGCCCCAGAACAUUACCUCUUCUAUCGGAACAAACCUGUAGACUAUUUUAUCCUUGUUUUACAGGGCAAAGUGGAGGUGGAAGCUGGAAAGGAAGUAAUGAAGUUUGAAGCUGGUGCUUUCUCUUAUUAUGGCAUGAUGGCUCUUACAUCUUCACCAGUUCCUUUGUCUCUGUCUCGUACCUUUGCUGUCAGCAGAACUGAAUCACUGGCUGGUUCACCAGAUAACCGAUCUCCACCUCGAACAUGUGGCUUAAAUCAUUCAGAUUCUUUGAAUCGAGGUGAUCGUAUUGAUGCGAUAGCAUCGCAGAUGGGGAGCAACAACAGUCAGCUAAACUCCUUGCUUCAGAUGUAUGUUCCAGACUAUUCUGUGCGGGCUCUGACUGACUUACAAUUUGUAAAGAUUACAAGACAACAUUAUCAGAAUGCCCUGAUGGCAUCCAUAAUGGACAAAACACCACAGUCAUCAGAUAGUGAAAAUACUAAGAUUGAAUUGACUUUAAAUGAGCUGCAUGAUCACUUACCUGAUGAAACAGCAAACCUCCUAAAUGAACAGAACUGUGUAUCACAUAAAUCAAAUCAUAGCAUGCACAAUGAAGGCACGAUAUAGAUUACCUACAGGAUUAUGUCCUCAGUAAUGUUUCAGAGAGCUAAUCCUGUAUUCUGUAUGCAUGCACACAUGCAAGCACAUAUGUCCACUGUCAUGAGACCAAAGAGAUGUGCCUCGGCAAAAGAAGGUGAAGGAAGACGAUCAGAGGUGGGUGAACUGAACAUUAACCAACUGCCAAGAUUCAGACAGAUCCUCUGUACACAGAUGUCUUGUUAUCCUUUAUUUUUGUGGGAUAUUUUUUGUUUUUCUUACACAAAAGGCAAAUGGUAAAUUGUUGGAAAAAAGUACAAACAUAAAGCUGCUUAAGGCUGAGAAAAGAAGUGUAUUUUUCUAAUGAAGACCUACCGAGAUUAACUGAGAGACUGUAAAACAUUUUUUAAAAAUUAUGGUAUGUGAUUUAAGAUGGUCAUUGAGGGUGAAUUUUCUAAAUUUUGAACAUCCUUCCAUUUCUCCAGCUUAAUUUAGUACAUGUUUGACAUUUUACAAAUUCCUUCGACAUUAUAUGGGACAUAGCUGCAUAUUUUAAUCCCAAAAGAGUUGGGGUUGCUGGGCAUUUAAAUUGUAACUUGAAUAUGGAAACUCAAUUCAACAUUUGCACAACACAUCAUUGACGUAUUUGAUUUCAACACUUGUAUGCAAACUGUGAAUAAGUCCUAUAUAGGGACUAUAGAACUUCUUUGGAAGGAAUAGUUACACUUACAUAGCAGUUAAAUAUGCCAAAUCUAUAAAUGGUAGAAUGUUUAAAAAAGGGUUUUUCCACAUGUGAGAAACACAGCUAAAAUUGUGCAAGUGUUCUUAUGGCAGAACUGACUAUCACUAUGUAUUGUUUAAUCAACCAACAUUGCAAGCAAAUUGCAAUUUGUAUUAUAUUGUACAAAACUGACUCUGAAGUGAAGUAUUCUGACUACAGUAUUCAUAACUGUGUAUAUAUGAAGCACAAAAAAAUCUAUUGAUGAAGUGUAAGUUUCAUAAGAUUGUCAGUUAAAUGACAUUUAUAAUUAACAAUGGUAAAGACUUUGUAGAUUUGCAGACUAUUUAUUUUGUAUAUGAUUUAUUUGUAUAUUUUGUGAUUUAAUUGAGUGUUUUGUUUAUUAUUCUAUCAUUCCAUUUUGGUUAAAAUGGUUUUAUUCUAAAUGGCAUUUCAUUCCAAUUUUACCAUUGUAAUAUUUCUCAACUUGGUAAGAAUUUUGGUUAUAUUCUUGGUAAUUGAGUGCUCUUCACUCUUCCUUUUUGACCUUUUAGCAGUUAUAAAUUGGUAAAAUCAUUAAUGGGGAUAAUUAUGGAAAUGUUAAAAGACUAACUUGUGGCCUGGAGUUGGUUAAUGGAACUUUUCAUUUUAUACUUCAAAAGUGAAUAACUUUAAUAAAGAAAUUAUUCAUAAUUAAAUGGACACUGAUUUAUUAUCAGGACAUUAAGUUUGAAAAUUAAGUUUUGCAACUAGACUAGAAAUUAAAUGGGAAUAUUGACUGUCCAUUAGUCCGACAAUAGUAGACCUCUUCAAAGAUUUGUCGUAUUUAUUUACCUUAAAGUAGUGCUUUGGAAAGGGAUUUAACCAGAUCAAUAAUGUUGUGCCAGGUAUCAGGAAUUUAACUAAGUACCAAUGUUUUCAUUUAUACUGUACAGUGGGAAAUUGCAAUAUUGUCUGAAAUAAACUUUUCUGCAUUUUGUAUGGAACAGGUAUUUUAUCUGUUUACAGCCAAUGCAAGGAAUGUUGGUUUAGAACAACACAGUUUUCCCUUUUCACCCCAUGUCAGGAAAGCACAGAUUAAUUACCGUACCUUUUAGAAGAAUAUCCUUCAUAUUAUACCAGCAUGGCAUCUACUUCCUACUUUGGCCCCUCUGUACGCAUCUGAGAGUAUUGAUGUUAAUUAUUGGCCCUUUUGGUGUCCACUGCUGCUCACGAGGGGCAUGAAUUGCCCAACUCAUUUCACAUGGGACCGUUGCAGAUACUGAAGUAAGGGAGAUUCAUCUCAUCAUUCUGUACUGGACUCAAAUUCCAGGCCCUCGGAGAUGGAGUAAUCCCUAACUUGAGCAAUAUUUAAUUAUAACUUUGUUAUAUGCCAGUAUAAUGCACAUGAACAAUAUUUUAUUUAUGUAUUAUAUGCUAGUACAAUGCCCAUGAGUAAUAUUUAAUUAUAACUGUAUUAUAUGCUAGAUAAAUACAUACUAAUGUUGAUAAUUCAUAGAAACAAUAUAUGUUAUUUAAGUGGCUGGUGUGUUGACCUCUGGGAGGUUUA